CCUAUAUACUACCGUUAUAGUACAUACGUAAUGCUUUUUUUAGUCGCCCGGUUCGAGUAUGCAAAUGUAGAAUGUGUUGUCCUUGCUGUGGUGUUGGUGCGCAGUUUAUCGCAAUUUAAAUAAAUUGAAACAAGUUAUUAUAUCAUACUUACUGCGAGCUUUGAAGAAAACAUACAUUCGAAUCAUUUCUGCUGUUAAUCGGUUACUAAGUUUUUGCUAAAACACUUUAAUUGCGUAAAUAAGUAGAAAAAUAGGUUAGAAACGAAUUAGUUGAUAAAAAUGUUAAUCAAACAGAUUUUAAACAAAAGACCGAACGUACGGUUGUUGGGAGCUCUUUAUAAGAUCAGUUCAUGUAACUAUGCAACUAAAACCUCGAAGAAAGUUUAUGCCAGUGCUGAGGAAGCAGUCUGUGAUAUCAAGAGUGAUACAACCAUUCUUGUUGGAGGAUUUGGUUUGUGUGGAAUCCCUGAAAACCUAAUUGCUGCUCUAUUAAAACAUGAAGCUGGUAAUUACACAAUGGUAUCAAAUAAUGCUGGGGUAGAUAAAUUUGGUUUGGGUUUGUUAUUAAACCAGAAAAAGAUAAAGCGGAUGAUUUCGUCAUACGUCGGUGAAAACGCUGAAUUCGAGCGACAAUAUUUGUGCGGAGAAUUAGAAGUUGAACUAACGCCACAAGGUACGUUAGCGGAAAGAAUACGAGCUGGUGGUGCAGGCAUCCCAGCCUUUUUCACUCCGACUGCCUAUGGUACACUGGUACAUGAAGGUGGUGCACCAAUCAAAUACGACACCAAGGGAAACGUUGUUAUGUCGAGCGAACAAAAGGAAGCGCGUCUCUUCGGCGGUAAAAAUUACAUCAUGGAGACUGCAAUCACAGGAGAUUAUGCGUUGAUCAAAGGUCUCAAGGCCGACAAAGCCGGCAAUGUUGUGUUCAAUAAAUCAGCUAGAAAUUUCAAUCCGGCAAUGGCGCGUGCAGCAAACAUCACAAUCGCAGAAGUUGAAGAAAUCGUCGAAGUGGGAGAUUUGAAACCUGACGAGAUUCACUUGCCAGGUAUUUUCGUUCAUAGGAUUAUUAAGGGGCCAUGUUACGAAAAGAGAAUUGAGAAAGUGACAGUAACGAAAGAAGGCGGUCCGAAAUCUCUUGCCAAGAGUUCUCCAGCUGCAUUAAUGCGUGAAAGAAUAGCACGUCGUGCCGCCAUGGAAUUCAAAGAUGGAAUGUAUGCAAAUUUAGGUAUUGGUAUGCCAAUGCUAGCAUCCAAUUACAUUCCGCCUAAUGUAGAAGUCUUCCUGCAAUCUGAGAAUGGUAUUCUUGGAUUGGGACCAUUCCCUACGCAAGAUAAAGUCGAUCCUGAUUUGAUUAACGCUGGAAAGGAAACUGUUACUGUUCUGCCAGGUGCUUCCUAUUUCGGCAGUGAUGAUAGUUUUGCUAUGAUUCGUGGCGGCCAUAUUGAUUUGACCAUUUUGGGCGCUAUGGAAGUGUCGCAAUAUGGCGACCUAGCCAAUUGGAUGAUUCCGGGUAAAAUGGUGAAAGGCAUGGGUGGUGCGAUGGAUUUAGUCGCUGCACCCGGAACGAAAGUCGUUGUAUGCAUGGAACACAACGCCAAGGAUGGAAGUCCGAAAAUUAUCGAGAAUUGCACGCUGCCAAUCACUGGAAAAGGAUGCGUUGACAUGAUUAUCACAGAAAAGUGCGUGUUUAAUGUUCAUCCUGAAGAUGGAUUAACAUUAAUCGAACUUGCCGAAGGCGUAAACGUCGAAGACGUUCUCUCUUCAACCGGAUGUAAUUUCCAAGUGGCUCCGGAACUCAAAAAGAUGUCCCAGAUGCAAUGAACAUGUUUAUAACAAGAUAAUAUAAAUUUUUAUAAUUA